GCCGGCAUCUCGAUUGACGCGAUCAUCGUGACGCAUAGCCGCUGAACGCACCCCUGCAGGAUUAGUGGACCUUUAAAACAGCGUUUCAGAGCUCCUGACUUGCUGCAGCCGUCGGGCGUCGCAAUCCGCUGAACAAAAGUUGCUCAAGAGACUGCUGGGCAGCAGGCGCCCCUCUCGGCGCGUCGCGAGCGCUAGAGGCCACAAGAACGACCAACCAUGCCCGCCGUGCGCCACGCCCGGCGGCGGCGCCGCCGCCUCCUGGCAGCCCUGGCCUGUACCUUGUCGAGCGCGAACGGCCUCACGAUACCCGUGAUAGACAAGGCCGAGAGAGCCGCGCGGGCGACGCUGGCGAAGUGGUCCCUGGAAGAUGCCAAGUUAAGACGUCAAGUGCAACGAGAAUUGCGCGCCGAGGCGCUGCGCGAGGAAGCGUUGCGCGAGGAAGGUGUCGUCGGCCAAUCUGUGGACCCCGAGGUGUCGGGCGUCAUCCAGCAGCUGUCGAGCUGGGCCGGGCGCGUGCUGGACGAGGAGGAAUAUAGAGCGGCGCGCAUCGUCGAGUCGCAGGGGGCCGUGGUACGGCCGGCCGACGCGCCGUUGGACGUCCGAGGACCGCUCGGCGACCUCGAGGCGUCGCUGUCGAAACCGAUUGAGCUAGAAGAGGCCUGGGCCAACACUCUGGACGCGCUGACGCAGCUUUUCGCAUCGAUCAAGCAGGAGGUCGACAGAAUGAUCUCCUCAGAGAAUACACGUACGGAGCGGUCCCAGGCGCUAGGGGCGCGCUUGCGGCCCUUGGACGCGCCUCCUUCGUUGUUAGGAGAUUUGGAGGGGUUUGUCGAUGCGGUCUACCGAGAAGAGCGAGCUCGGGUCGAUUCGUCAACCAUUAGACCCCAGGACCUCCCCGCGAAGCGACGAGGGCCAUUAGCACGAGCGGAGCGCUGGCUCACGUCGUUCCUCGCGGAAGUCGACCGCUACGAGAAGAAGCGCGCCAAUAUCAUCAAGAAGGUCGCCAAGCGGCCGAUGGAGGCCGCGCCCGAGUCAGCGGCUGGAAAGACGGAACGGUUCGUCAACGGCCUCGCACGAGGGCCCAUGAUGUUCCGGAUCAUGGUCAAGCGCGUCGUGGAAUUACUCGACGCGACGGUGCUUCCCAAUGAAUAUGAUGACGACCCCGAGGCAGAAGCUGCGUUCGACGCCGCGCUGAAGCGGGGGCCGCGGCGAUGAUCCCCGGGGUAACCUUCCUUUGUCUGUA